ACACAUGCACACAAACACAAAAACAGUAAGAAGCAAAUUUGCAUUCAUUCUGCAAAUGAGCAGAUAAGAGAACGUUGUGACCGGUGACAAACAGGAAGGUACGUGUGUGUUUGUGUACGCGUGUGGGUGCGUCACAAGUCAGAGACCUGCCUCUUCAUCUGCUACUGUACCACAAGAGUGUGUGUGAGUGUGUGUGUGUGUGCGUGUGUGUGUGUGUCUGUGUGUGUGUGAGAGCACUCACUCUUCAGCAUGGAUGUCCAACAUGGAGCCACACAGGAUUUCUCCACCAGGAACCCCCAGGAGGACUUUGAGAUCCUGAUGAGGGUCGGAUGGGGAACCUACGGGGACGUCUACAAGGCACGCAACAAACAGACUGGAGACCUGGCAGCCAUUAAGGUUAUCAAGAUGGAACCAGAAGACGACUUCUCCACCAUCGAGCAAGAAAUAGUCAUCGUGAAGAGCUGCAAGCAUCCCAACAUAGUGGCGUAUCAUGGCAGCUACAUACGUGUUAAUACGUUGUGGAUCUGCAUGGAGCUCUGUGGGGGAGGCUCUCUGCAGGAUGUCUAUAGUGUGACUGGUCCUUUGUCAGAACCACAGAUUGCUUACAUCUGCAGAGAGAUGCUGCAGGGUCUGGACUACCUCCACGCGCAGAAGAAAAUCCACCGAGACAUCAAGGGGGCCAACAUCCUCCUCAACGACCAGGGCGAGGUGAAGUUGGCCGACUUUGGAAUUGCUGCCCAAAUCACCGCCACCCUCGCCCGUCGCAUGUCCUUCAUUGGGACACCGUAUUGGAUGGCGCCAGAGGUCGCAGCAGUGGAAAUAAAAGGCGGCUACAACGAGCUGUGUGACAUCUGGUCGGUGGGCAUCACGGCGAUUGAGCUUGCAGAACUGCAGCCGCCCAUGUUUGACUUACACCCACUAAGAGCCCUGUUCCUCAUGUCCAAGAGUGGCUACCAACCUCCUAAACUGAAGGACAAGUCAAAAUGGUCGCCCACGUUCUAUAACUUUGUGAAAGCCAUAUUGGUCAAGAACCCCAAAAAGAGACCCAGCGCCUCCAAGAUACUCUCACACAUAUUCUUGGCCCAGCAGUGUCUGACCCAGGAACUGACCCUGGACCUGCUGGAGAAGUGUCGACACCCGGAGAAUGUCAAGUUCUGCCCGGCGACAGAGGACGACGACUCAGAGGGCCCCGUGUCUGGAUCACUGAAGAGGAUCCAGUCCCUCAACAAACACAACCGGGCACAGAGGAAACACUCCCACACAAAGUUGGAGCAGAUCUACUCUCAGAGGCCUGUGAAGAAACAAGCAGAAGAUGCAACAGUGACGCCUUCAGGCGGCUCACGUAGCAUCGACACACAUCCAGUGAGGGACGAGGACACAGACUCGGACGACGAUUAUGACGACGUGGACGUGCCGACCGUGGCGAAAACGUGUGUCACCGUAACAGCCGUCCAAACUCCGCCUCCGCUUCCCCCAAAGCCCAAAGUGCGGUCGAGCUCAGAGGAAAUCGUGUGGGUGGAAGACGAGCGGGUCAGCAAAGCUUCGCUGUGCGCCCCCUCCCCUCUCAUUAGAACCUCCAGUGGGACACACGUCCGACCCCCUCCCCACCCACGAGCGAUCCGGUACUCAGACCCCAUGUCCCUCUCGUUAAAAAAGCAGUCACUGGAGCUCCUUCCCCCCGAGUUGCCCCCUAAAGGCAUACGCAGACCCCAGCAGCGCCCAGCCAAGGUACAAGAGAGUGCCUCCAUCAAUUGGGAUCAUUCGUUUUGCAGAAGAAAGAAGAAACCCACAAUCUAUUUUAAGAAGAUCUUCCACGGCUGUCCUCUGAAAAUAAAGUGCUCCACCACCUGGGAACACCCGGACACCAAAGACAAGCAUCUCAUCCUUGGAGCAGAGGAGGGCAUCUACACCCUCAACCUCAACAGCUCCGAGGUCACCAUGGAGCUGUUGUAUCCUGGGAAGUGUGACUGGGUCUACUGUGGCCACAACGUGCUCAUGUCCAUAUCCGGCAAAUCCUCCCAGCUUCACUCGCACUCGCUGAAGGAGCUGUACGAGCAGGCUCGGAGGGACCAGAGGAUGGUGGCGCUGCCCACUCAUCGGCUGUUGCCAAGGAAAUGUGCCGUGACGUGUAAAAUACCUGACACCAAGGGCUGCAGGACCUGCUCAGUUGUUGACGACUUCCUGUGCUGUGCGCUGGAGUCCAGUGUGAUGCUGUUGCAGUGGUACCAGCCCAUGAACAAGUUCAUGCUCAUCAAGCAUUUCGACUUCCCCCUCGCCAACCCUCUGCGGGUGUUUGAGACGGUGCUGGACCCUCAGCAGGAGUACCCGCUGGUGUGUACAGGGGUCUCUUGGGGGUCCAGCCCCACCCUGCCUGUCACUUUAGAGUACAUCAACCUCAACUCCAACACUUCCUGGUUUACACACGCCGACGUAGCAGAGAAGCACUGCCCAAAUGUUGUACAAGUCAACCAGCUGGACAGCAGCUCGCUGCUCGUCCUCUUAGAAAGGUCAGUGCACAUAGUCGGCCUGGAGGGGGAGCUAAAGAGCAUUGGGCAAAAUGAGACCACGUUCCCUCAUGAUGUGGAGUCUGUAGUUUACUUUGAGGACACUUUGUUGGCGGUGUGGCGUCACGGCUGGCUGAGGACGAAGAGAGGCGCGGCGCGGGUGUUGGAGGAAACCACUGACCCCAAAAAGACCUACAGGCUGGUGCAGUCAGACAGGAUGGUCGUCAUGGAGACGCACCAGACCGAGGACCAGUCGGGGCUGUCCAACUUGUACUUGCUGGAAAUUGCUGAGAACUACGUCAUGCUGCCCUGACGCUGCGGCCAAAUCGCAGUGUGAUGGGAAACGUGAUGCCUCCACAGAGGACGCAUUGUGACCGGCUGAUGCCAGGGGACGUCUGCUCGUGUUUAUCCUCGCUUCAACUGCUUAAGGGAUCCGAAACUACGUGCAAACUGACUUUUUUUCCUCUGUCAGUGUAUUGUCAAUAAAGGGCUGCAGUGACUGAUAACAAUGUGAAUGCCUUCCCACCGGAGACAGACAUCUGAAUUAAAGUAAAUUAAAGUCUAGGUCAGGGUUGUACUAAGUUUUUUUAACAGCCCGCGCCACAUUCUAAAAAUACUGCUAAAAAAACAUUAAAAAGUGGCAAAGAGGUGAAAAGUAAUGAGAAAAAGGUGCCAUGUUGAGUCUAAUAACACAAAGCUGCCAUGUAGGCUGUUUUUUUGCUCAAAAAAUAACAAUGAAUCAAAAUGAAUGUUAUGAACUAUUGACCUAUUUAACACUCCAAUUACACAUCAAAUAUUCCACUUUGAAUAUUUUGGGGAGAUUAUUGCAUAGUUUGUGUACAAAAAAAUUUUCUUUGACAAAAGAGCAUAAAAAAACUAUUUAAAAAAAACAUUAAAAAAGACAGACGGAUAGUUCUGAAGUUGAUCUGGAGAUAUAAGUGUUAAAAGUAAAAAAAAAAAAUGCAUGACUUAUUUUUAACACUUUUAUGAGUAGGGUCCUUUUGAAUCCCAAAUAACUGAGUUAGGAUUUUUUUUUUUGAACUGUCAACACUUAAAAUAAUAAUAAAUUAAAGCGGUGAGCAAGUCAAUGCAGUCAUGCCCUUCCCAAUGCCCCGAGACACCAUCAAAAUUUCAGGAAGAUUGGAGCAUGUGGAAGGAAGUUAUUACGUUAUGAUUUUCUACCGCAAGGGGGCGCUCUUGGUGUCGCUAAGCCGAACAGAAAUGCUAACAGUUAGAUUGCGUCAAAAACCUCGAUAUGUGACUAUGAUUCAGGCAU